UGCCCUACUCUGUUGUAGUGCUAGUUCGAGGAUCUGGGGCGUGGAGCGCUUCCCUCGCGGCGGCAUUGCGUCGCGCUUGGAAAUAUGGAGCGGGGAGCGUGGAUUCGAGGUCUUUGAUGGCGCAUCUGAGCUAGGUUAGAGUCGCGCGUCCAGGAUCUGGCAGCGGGCGCUACAGCGACCGCCAAUUCCUGGCUCGACGUGGAUGGAAUCCAAUGCAACUCCAGGGAUUGUUUCGUCGCGGUGAGAGGCGGCAUAGCGGCGUGUAUGGCAGCAACGGAUUGAAGAGCGCUGGGGAGGCUGCGGGUGGGGCGACAAUGCAUUUCUCCAAGCUGGAGGACUCUCCAAUGUUUCGGAAACAGAUCCAAGCAUUGGAGGAGAGCGCCGAAGCAUUGAGGGAGCGAUGCCAGAAAUUUUUUAAAGGCUCUCGCAAGUAUACUGAAGGACUCGGUGAAGCGUACGAUGGAGAUAUCGCUUUUGCUAGUGCUUUGGAAACAUUUGGUGGCGGGCAUGAUGAUCCCAUUAGCGUCGCUGUUGGAGGUCCGGUUAUGACGAAGUUUACCAUUGCCCUGCGAGAGAUUGGAACGUACAAAGAAGUUUUACGAUCACAAGUGGAGCAUAUGUUGAAUGAUCGGCUCGUGCAGUUCGCGAGCAUCGAUCUGCAAGAUGUGAAGGAUGUCAGAAAACGUUUUGACAAAGCAAGCCUUCACUAUGAUCAGGUCCGGGAAAAGUUCCUGUCAUUAAGAAAGGACGCUAAAUCAGAUGUUGUGGCUGAUGCGGAAGAGGAUUUACGGACUGCCCGGACUUUGUUUGAGCAAGCUCGGUUUAAUUUGGUUACAGCACUGUCGAACAUUGAGGCCAAAAAGAAGUUUGAGUUCCUAGAAGCCGUCAGUGGCUCAAUGGAUGCACAUCUUCGAUACUUCAAGCAGGGGUAUGAACUCCUCCAUCAAAUGGAGCCUUACAUCCAUCAGGUGUUGACCUAUGCACAACAAUCAAGGGAGAGAGCAAACUAUGAACAAGCAGCGCUUGCAGAUAGAAUGCAGGAGUAUCGAAGACAGAUGGAACGCGAGACUCAAAAUGCUUCCAGCGAGCAUGAUGUUAUAAGCGCUGCUGACGGAAUUCAGGCCAUUGGAAGGAGCUCUCACAAGUACAUCGAGGCAGUUAUGCAAUCCGCAUCACGGGGAAAGGUUCAACCUAUAAAGCAAGGCUACCUACUUAAGCGUUCUUCAAAUUUGCGUGGAGACUGGAAAAGGCGUUUCUUUGUUCUGGAUAGCCGUGGAAUGCUGUACUAUUACCGUAAACAAUGGGGCAAGCCCACUGACGAUAAAACCAUUGCUCAUCAUACAGUAAAUUUAUUGACAUCAACUAUUAAGAUGGACGCUGAGCAGAGCGAUCUACGGUUUUGCUUUCGAAUAAUAUCACCUUCGAAGAGUUACACGCUACAGGCUGAAAAUGGCAUGGAUCGAAUGGAUUGGAUGGAUAAAAUCACUGGAGUGAUUGCCUCUCUCUUGAAUUCCCAGGUCACGGAACAGGUAUGGUAUUUUCACAUUUGGUUUUUAUUUACUUAUUUAUUUAUUUUGUUCCAGCCUAGAAGUCCAUUGAACAACUUCCAUCAGCGUUCGCCCAGUGAAAGCAGCUCCGUGAGUGCUUCCUCCGACUUCGAGCAUUCUAUAGGGGACGAUAUCAAGUUUUCCAGACGUGACCGCAUGUACCAUAACCUUGAGCUACAAGAACGGCCUCUAGACAUAUUGCGACGGGUUUCUGGGAACGAGUUUUGUGCGGACUGUGGGGCUGCUGACCCCGAUUGGGCUUCCUUGAACUUGGGAAUACUUAUUUGUAUCGAGUGCUCUGGUGUACACCGAAAUCUCGGUGUGCAUUUGUCAAAGGUGCGUUCCCUGACACUUGAUGUCCGGGUGUGGGAGCCAUCAGUAAUUGGAUUGUUUCAAUCUAUUGGAAACGCCUUCGCCAAUUCAAUGUGGGAAGAACAGCUUCCAAAGUGGGAAGGGGAACGUAGCCGGAACAACAAAAAUGCCUUGACUGCGGGUUCUGCAACUGAGAGGGGCAAUGUCGGAACCGAUAUGAAGGUGAAGCCGGAUGCGAGGGAUCCUUUGGCUGUCAAGGAGAAGUUCAUCUUUGCGAAGUACGUGGAGAAGCGUUUUGUCGUGAAGAUGAAGCUGGAUCCUCGUGGUCCCAGCGUUGCUCGCCGAAUCUGGGAUGCAGUUCAAGCCAACAACAAGCAGUCAAUCGUUCGUCUGCUUAUCAACGGCGACGCUGAUGCAAACACCACGUACGAACUCGCGUUUGAAACAACCGCUGGAAAACAAACACUCAAAGGGGGGCCGAGUCCGAGUCCGAGCAGCAGCCUGGAUUCACUCAGACUGUCGGAGGCGAGCUCCAUUUCGGGAAAAGCUGGAGCUCUCACACUAAGCAGUGACACUGGAGUCGAAAAUCUUCGAGGCCAGACACUACUCCAACAAGCUUGCCAGGUUGGGGACUUGAGCACGGUAGAACUUCUACUCCAACAUGGAGCACAGGUGAACACCAAGGACGGAAUCGGGAGAACUCCUCUCCAUUUUUGCGUGGAGUGUGGAAGGAACUUAUGUGCAAAGCUACUUCUAUCCAGAGGAGCCAAUCCCGCUGCUGUUGAUAGAGCAGGGAAAACUCCAUUAGAAGUAGCUAUGGAGCUCGGGGCCGUGACAGACGAAGAGCUCUUCGUGAUGUUAUCAGAGUCGAGCCGUUGAUGCUUGGUGUGCCGGUGAUCCAACGGUGGAGAGUGUACAAGGUAUAUGCUUUUGAAAAUAUUCCCUCCCAAGGGUGGCAUAUUCGCA